AAAUAUACAGCAGCCAUGACCGUUGGGCCGACCAGCAUUCAGCAUACAUACAAACAAUGAUUGGAUGUUUCUGCUCUGCCAGUCAGAUUUAUAGCGCCAUCCUGCUUUUCUCCAUUUCUGCUCACUGCUCAUACAAUCUCCUCUUUUCUCCUCUCCUUCCCCUUCAUGGAGGCCAUGGCAACUCUCUUCUUCCAUUUGGUCUUUCUAUUACUUCAGUCGCAAAAGCUGCUGUCUUUAAGCUGCGAUUUCAACUCUACCAGAGGCCACCACCACCACAAACAGCUUGGACCGAUCGGCCAGCGAGUGAUCGUCGUCGAUGCAAACGGCUCCGGCGACUUCCUCUCAGUUCAGGAUGCCGUCGAUUCGAUACCAGAGAACAAUACCAGGCGUUUCAUCUUGCAGAUCAAUUCUGGCUACUACAUAGAGAAGGUGGUUGUUCCUGCGACAAAGCCUUAUAUAACGUUUCAGGGAUCUGGAAAGGAAGAUACAGUGAUAGAAUGGCAUGACAGAGCUAGCGACAGAGGUCCUAAUGGCCAGCAGCUCAGGACGUAUCACACAGCUUCUGUAACUGUUUUUGCUAAUUAUUUCAUUGCUAGGAAUAUCAGCUUCAAGAACUCGGCACCUGCACCAUUACCUGGAAUGGAGGGAUGGCAAGCUGCAGCAUUCCGCAUCUCCGGCGACAAGGCCUACUUCUUUGGCUGCGGCUUCUAUGGAGCUCAGGACACACUUUGUGAUGACGCUGGCCGCCAUUACUUCAAGGAAUGUUACAUAGAAGGGUCCAUUGACUUCAUAUUCGGCAAUGGAAGAUCCAUGUACAAGAAUUGCUGGCUGCACUCAAUUGCAAACAGGUUCGGGUCCAUCGCCGCACAGGAUAGGCAUUCGCCAUGCGAGCCUACUGGAUUUGCUUUUGUGGGCUGUAGAGUGACCGGCACAGGGAAGCUUUAUGUGGGGAGAGCAAUGGGGAAGUACUCAAGGAUCGUUUUUGCCUACACGUACUUUGAAGAUGUAGUUGCAGAGGGUGGAUGGGACGACUGGGAUCACAAUGAAGCCAAGAAAAAGACUGUGUUCUUUGGGGUGUAUAGAUGCUGGGGUCCUGGUGCGGAGUAUGUGCAGAGUGCUUCAUGGGCGCGAGAGCUCGAUUACAAAGCAGCUCGGCCAUUCCUUGCGAAGAGCUUCGUCAAUGGAAGGCAUUGGCUCGGGCCUUGGGAUGCCUGAAGUGUAGUGCAUGAUGAGGGGGGACUCGCUUGGAUUUUUAGCAGAGAUUCAUUUUUUUUUUCAAAGAAAGCGCA